GAGUGUCCCAUUAGUCAAUUUUUGCCCAUGAGGGCAAUUUUAAAAGCGGGUGUUAGAAUUUAUUAGCAGGACUUGCCUGGUUCUUUUGUUGUUUUACCCACAUGAUGUUUUCCGCUCUUUCUAUGGCCGUUUUUCCUCGCCUCGUCGAUGCAUCAAGGCUAGGGACCGUGGUGCUAGCUCGCCAGAUCAUGGCGGCCGCUGACGAGAGCUGGAAGGACGCGUCCUCUAUCUACGACUUCGCGGCCGUUGACAUCGACGGCAACGAAGUGUCUCUCGACAAAUACAAAGGUCACGUGGCACUCAUUGUCAAUGUUGCGUCCAAGUGAGGAAAAACCAACAAGAACUACACGCAGCUCGUUGAACUUCAUGAGAAGUACGCCGAGUCAAAGGGUCUUCGCAUUCUUGCUUUUCCCUGCAAUCAGUUCGGGGGUCAGGAGCCCGGCACUGAGGCAGACAUAAAGAAGUUUGUGGAGAAAUACAACGUGAGGUUUGACAUGUUCAGCAAGAUAAACGUCAAUGGGGACAAGGCACACCCCUUGUGGAAAUACCUCAAGAACAAGCAGUCUGGGUUCUUAACGGAUGCCAUCAAAUGGAACUUUACGAAGUUCGUUGUUGACAAGGAAGGUCAGCCCGUGCACCGCUAUGCACCCACGACUGAUCCUGUGGACAUUGAACCUGAUCUCCUGAAGCUCUUCUGAACUGUCAACAGCAGGCGCGUCGAGGUGUCCACAAAUGUGGAAAGCUUCCUUGGUGAGAGACCAUAUGACGGGCAAUCUACAAACCGUGACCUGCGGCCAGCUUGCCCCGAUGUUUUACCUGUCUCAAAUCGAGGAGAAAGUCACCUUUGUGGGAACUUCGAAAGUCUUGCUUUUGAUGCCGGAAGCCCAAGUAGUCUCGAUCAAAAUAAAGCUUUAGUUUGUCAAGUUAA